UUAGUGUCGUACACGCGAUCAUUUGACAAUCCGUUGCGCACCAAACAUGCCGCCUGCGCUCAAACACCACAAACUAAAACAACCAAUUUAGUGUUUAAUUCAUGUUUAAUACAGAAAUAGUGUUGUGAUCCAGCGAUGUCAAACAGCUACAAUAUGAAAGCAUUCAGUUCCACGGCAAUUAUAACAGAAAAUGGGGUAUUCCCAUCAACAAUAUCCAUCAGCACAAUCAACACCAAAUGUAAAGAGAAUAAUAAUGACCCGGAGAAGAACGAAUAUGAACCAUUCCAGAACAGAAAACUACAAUAUCCUAAUUCAGAUUUAAGGUCAUUCGCAAAUCUGCUCAAGUCGUCUCUUGGGUCCGGUAUACUAGCCAUGCCAGCUGCCUUUAAGAAUUCCGGAACUAUUGUAGGAAUAUUCGGAACCAUCAUCCUGGGCUACAUCUGUACACAUUGUGUAUAUUUACUGGUCAAAACUUCACAAGACGUCUCAAAAGUAGCUAAGGUGCCAUCCCUGGGUUACGCAGAAACCGUGGAAGCGGUCUUCGCGACAGGACCAAGGCCUUUGAGAAGAUUGUCUAAGGCAUCAAGGAUAUUUAUAGAUUGGGCGAUGGCGUUUACUAUACUUGGCGCCUGUGCGGUAUACGUCAUCCUACUGGUGGACUCUGUUAAACAGAUAGUUGACUUCUUCUACACGGACAACAACUUGAACGUGUACAUGUAUUACCUGAUAUUCCUAGUACCACUUUUGGCCUUUACUCAAAUAAGGAACCUCAAGUAUUUGGCCCCCUUCUCCGGUGUCGCAAAUAUUCUACUUGUAGCGACAUUUCUCAUUUGCUCUUACUACAUCUGCUCAGACUUCCCGGACCUGAGCCAGCGACCUAUGUCUGUCGAUAUUGGAAAACUGCCACUAUUUAUCGGUACAGUGAUUUUUGCCAUGGAGGGCAUCGGCGUAGUGCUCCCGGUUGAGAACACCAUGGCCAAACCUCAACAUUUCCUGGGAUGCCCAGGGGUCCUCAACAUCACCAUGACGGUCGUGGUGCUUCUGUACAUGAUUAUGGGUUUCCUGGGCUAUGUUAAAUAUGGAGAAGCCUCAGAGGGCAGUAUCACGCUAAAUCUGCCUACGAGUGAAAUCCCUGCAUUGAUGGCAAAGAGUUUUAUUGUAGUGGCCAUCUUCUUCACCUAUACUCUUCAAUUCUACGUCCCCAUGGAAAUCGUGUGGCGCAACACUAAAGAAUAUUUGGGGCAAAAAUACCAUAACCUAGGGCAAAGCGUCAUGCGAGCAGUGUUUGCUACGCUUACUGUGAUAGCGGCGGCAACGUUGCCUCGCCUAGAUCAAGUUAUCGGAUUGGAAGGAGCAUUUUUCUAUUCCUUCCUAGGCCUCAUCGUCCCAUCUAUCCUUGACCUCAUCUUCCACUGGGAGCGAGGGCUAGGCAAAUAUAACUGGAUACUAGUGAAGGAUAUCAUUCUUAUCAUAUUUGGAUGCUUCGUGUUGUUCACUGGAGUAACCCAGAGUGUUAGAGAAAUUAUCAGAACUAGUUAGUGAUUCAAGUGGCUGUGUCAUUUUAUUAGUAAUAUCCAUAAGUAUAGUUUUAAUAAGAGGAAAUACGACAAAAUGUGCGUUGUUCUUUAGAUAAAAGAAGCUAAUAAAAUAAGAUAAGGAAAAUAACUAUGUAUAUGUAUAUCGUUGCUAA